GCCGUGUGCAUGCGUCGGGAAGCGGGUGGCGCGCUGCAGCGGUUCCGCUGGACAUCACCCGAGUAUCGGCACUUGACAACCCCGUGGCGGAGGAGACCGGAGGUGGGGAGAGACUGGACCCGAAGAAGAAGGAGCAGGACAGGGAGACGCGCCGGGGCUCCUGACAGCCCGCUCCCCGAAAACAUGUCCGAGUUGUUUCUUCUCGCCCUCUUAGCCCUUUUCUCGGGAUUAUUUCCACGCACCGAGCCCUCGGCAGUGGCGGACGAGCGGAAAGAAGCCAUCUUAUGUGAUGUAGGGGAGUUUCACUGUCACGAUCAGGAAACCUGCAUCCCCGAGGCCUGGCUUUGUGAUGGCGAACCCGACUGCCCCGAUGCCUCAGACGAAAGGGACAGGACUUGUGUACGAGAGAUGGUGAUCAGAUGUCCGCUAAAUCACAUACAGUGUAUCGGGACUAAAAAAUGCAUUCAUUUCAACAAACUCUGCAAUGGGGCAAAGGACUGUGACGAUGGCUAUGAUGAAGGAGUUCACUGUCGAGAGCUCCUCUCAGCCUGUCAUGAGCUCCGGUGUCGCUACGGCUGCAUCAUGACGAGAAAUGGCACCUUCUGUUUCUGUGCCGACGGCUUUGAGGUCGGCGAAGAUGGCACGAGCUGCCGAGACCAUGAUGAAUGUGCCCAGUAUGGCUCAUGUAGCCAAAUCUGCACAAACACCUAUGGGUCAUACAGAUGCAGCUGUGCAGAAGGAUACAUCCUGCAGACUGACAAGAGAUCUUGCAAAGCCAAACAAGAUCCUGGGGACAGACACCCGGUGCUUCUCAUGGGUGGAUCCGACCGUAUUGUCAUCACCUACCUAAAUGGAACAGGUCUUCUGCCCCUGAGGUCACUGAGUGUAAAUGGAACACUGACAUUGGAUUUCCAGCAUAACCAGGACAGGGUCUGCUGGGUUUUGUCCAAAGAAUCUACCGGGUCACUCCGAUGUGCUGAAAUGAGGAAUCUACGUCGACUCACACGGGAAAAGGAAAUAACAACAUCGCAGAGUUUGCAAUAUGCUGAGCACAUGGCAAUCGACUGGCUGACCGGCAACUUCUAUUUUGUUGACCGGGUCAGAGACACAAUAUUUGUGUGUGACCAGAGUGGCAGCACUUGUGUGACUCUCCUGCAGCUCGACCUGCUGAAUCCUAAAGGAAUAGCUCUGGAUCCUCUCAUGGGGAUGAUGUUCUUCACUGACUAUGGGAACGUGGCCAAGGUGGAGCGCUGCAACAUGGAUGGCACAAACCGGACACGGCUGGUGGAUUAUAACAUUGAGCAGCCCACAGCUGUGGCAUUGGAUGUGGUCAAAAAGAUGGUGUACUGGGCAGAUGCCUACCUGGAUUACAUUGAUGUUGUGGAUUACCAAGGCAAAAACCGACACACCAUUACCCAGGUAAGCCGAGUGUCGAAUAUUUAUGCAUUAACUGUGUUUGAGAACUACCUCUAUGCUACCCGCUCUGACCCUUCCAAAGAUAUUUUGACUGUGGAGCUGCUGCAAAUCCACAGGUUCAACAUCACUGCGGAGAUCAAGACACUCGCAAGUCUGGGAAAGACACAAACCCUCCGUGUUUACCAUAAAGUCACACAAACAACAGUUAGGACACAUGCGUGUGAAAUGGAUUCAUAUGGGAAAUCGGGUGGAUGCUUCCAUAUUUGUCUGCUCAGUGGCAGCUACAAGUCCAGAACGUGCCAUUGCCGUGUUGGCUACAACUUAGGUUCUGAUGGACAAUCCUGCAAAAAGCCCAAAAGUGAUCUCUUCAUGUUCUACGGCAAAGGGCGUCCCGGGAUCAUCCGAGGCAUGGACAUGAACGUCAAGUCGAGCGACGAGCACAUGGUGCCGAUUGAAGACCUCGUCAAUCCUCGAGCUAUCGACUACCACGCGUCGUCGGGGCAUGUUUAUUUUGCUGACACCACCAGUUUUCUCAUCGGAAGACAAAACAUAGACGGAAGCCACAGGGAAACGAUCCUGAACGAAGAACUCGACAAUGUGGAAGGAAUCUCUGUGGACUGGAUUGGGAAUAACUUGUAUUGGACCAAUGAUGGCUACAGAAAGACAAUCAGUGUUGCCAGGUUGCAGAGAUCCUCAGAAACCAGGAAAACUCUCUUGGAAGGGAACAUGUCACACCCACGAGCCAUUGUGGUCGACCCUCUUAACAGCUGGAUGUACUGGACAGACUGGGAAGAGGAUGAGGUGAAUGACAGUAUUGGACGGAUAGAAAAAGCCUGGAUGGAUGGAUCAAACCGAGAUAUUUUUGUCACCUCAAACAUGCUGUGGCCCAAUGGCCUGACCUUGGACCACAGCUCCAGCACCAUGUAUUGGUGCGAUGCCUACUUUGAUCACAUCGAAAAGAUUUACCUCAAUGGGACUGGACGAAUGGUGGUUUACAACGGAAAGGAGCUUAACCAUCCAUUUGGAAUAUCUCAUUAUCGCAAUUUCAUCUUUUGGACUGAGUACAUGAACGCAUCGGUCUUCCAGCUGGAUUUGUCCACAGGGGAUGUCAACGUGAUGCGGAUUGAAAGACCACCGUUAUUUGGCCUCCGAGUUUAUGAUGCACAAAGUCAGCAAGGUGACAAUGCAUGCAGUUUGAAUUAUGGCGGCUGUGGUACCCUCUGCCUUGCCAUCCCAGGAGGCAGAGUGUGUGCCUGCGCUGACAACCAGGUUCUGGAGAAGAACAAUGUCACCUGUACAGAAACCUCCAGCAGCGGUUCAGAACCUCAGCGAUGUAAAAGUGAGGAGUUUCAGUGCCGGAACCAACGCUGCAUUCAGGCUCGGUGGAAGUGCGAUGGAGACAACGACUGCCUGGAUGGCAGCGACGAGGAGAGCCACAUAUGCUACAAUCACUCGUGUUCAACGGAUCACUUCAAAUGCAAAAACAACCGCUGCAUUCCAAAAAGGUGGCUUUGCGAUGGCAAAAAUGACUGUGGUGAUAAUGAGGAUGAGGCAAACGUCACAUGUUCAGCCCAGUCCUGUCAGACUGACCAGUUCUCGUGCCAGAAUGGGCGAUGUAUACCCCAAGCUUGGCUCUGCGACAGGGAGGAUGACUGCGGUGAUACGUCUGAUGAAGUAUCAUGUACGUUUCCCUCUUGUGAGCCCAUCACACAGUUCAGCUGUUCUAAUGGUCGAUGCAUCGACGUGAAGUGGCACUGUGACUCAGACGACGACUGUGGCGACGGCAGUGACGAGGCGGGCUGCUUCCAGUCCUGCUCCAACAACCAGUUCCAGUGCGCCAGCGGCCGCUGCAUCCCGGAUCACUGGGCCUGCGAUGGCGAUAACGACUGUGGAGACUUCAGCGAUGAAAACAUGACCUGUAGGGGUGGCUCAGCAGUGCUGCCAUCUGUGAUCGAGUGCAGUGCCGAAGAAUUCCACUGUGUCACAGAUGGCACCUGCAUCCCGGAACGUUGGCGAUGUGACGGAGACAAGGAUUGUGAGGAUGGCAGUGACGAGAAAGACUGCAAAGGCACCAAAAGGAUGUGCGACCCAAAGGCCAAGUUCACCUGUAAAGAUACAGGAAAGUGCAUCACAAAGAGCUGGGUGUGUGACGGCGACAUUGACUGCGAAGACCGCUCAGAUGAGGAGUCAUGUGAGUCCGCUAUCUGUAAGCCACCCAGAUACCACUGUGCCAACGACACCUCCGUCUGCCUCACACCUGACAAGAUUUGCAAUGCCAAAGUGGACUGUGCAGACCGCUCGGACGAAGGACCCGUUUGCGACAUGUGUCUUGUAGCCCGAGGGGGCUGUAGCCACAUAUGCACCGUGGCACCGGGGAAGGGGGUCGUUUGUUCCUGUCCCCCUGGACUUCACCUGGACUCCAGCAACAAGACAUGUGAGGUGGUGGACUACUGCAGCCGCCACCUGAAGUGCAGCCAAGUGUGUGAGCAGUACAAGACCACAGUGAAGUGCUCCUGUUAUCCAGGAUGGAGGCUUGACUCUGAUGGGGACAGCUGCCACAGCACAGAUCCCUUUGAGGCUUUCAUCAUUUUCUCAAUUCGCCAUGAGAUAAGACGAAUAGACCUUCACAAGAGGGACUACAGCCUGCUUGUGCCGGGCCUGAGGAACACCAUUGCGCUGGAUUUCCACUUUAAUCGCAGCCUCCUUUACUGGACAGAUGUGGUGGAAGAUAAGAUCUACAGGGGAAGGCUCUCCGAGACAGGCGGGGUAACUGGAAUUGAGAUUGUCAUUCAACAUGGACUGGCCACCCCGGAAGGUCUGGCAGUGGAUUGGAUCACAGGAAAACUGUACUGGAUUGACAGCAAUCUGGACCAGAUCGAGGUCGCCAGACUGAAUGGAGAUAUGCGGACCACACUGAUUGCAGGGGGCAUGGAGCAUCCUCGGGCCAUCGCUCUGGACCCAGGCCAAGGCAUUAUGUUUUGGACUGACUGGGACGCUACCUUCCCCCGGAUUGAGGCUGCAUCGAUGAGCGGAGAAGGUCGACACAUUGUGUUUAAGGAUAUGGAGAUUGGAGCCUGGCCCAAUGGACUGACUCUGGAUCAUCUGGAAAAGAGGAUUAUUUGGACUGAUGCACGUUCCGAUGCCAUUUUCUCCGCCCUCUACGACGGCAGUGGCAUCAUUGAGAUCCUCAAGGGCCACGAAUACCUGUCUCAUCCCUUUGCCGUUUCCCUCUUCGGAGGAAAUGUCUACUGGACGGACUGGAGGACUAACACUUUAGCAAGAGCCAAUAAGUGGACGGGGCAAAAUGUUACUGUCAUCCAGAAGACAAGUGCUCAGCCUUUUGACCUGCAGAUCUUCCAUCCCAGUAGACAGCCGCAAGCCCCUAACCCUUGUGAGGAGAAUGAUGGACGCGGUCCUUGCUCGCAUAUGUGUCUCAUCAAUUACAACUCUAUUGCAUCCUGCACCUGUCCACACCUGAUGAAGCUUUCAGCCGACAAACAAUCCUGCUUUGCUUUGAAAAGGUUCCUCCUGUACGUGCGCCGGUCUGAAAUCCGUGGUGUGGACAUGGACAACCCUUACAUGAAUGUCAUGACAGCCCUGACAGUGCCAGACAUUGAUGACGUCACAGUAGUGGACUAUGAUGCCCAUGAGGAGAGGAUCUAUUGGGCUGAUAUCAAAACCCAAACCAUUAAGCGGGCGUUCAUCAAUGGCACUCAACUAGAGACAAUCAUUUCAUCAGACAUAGUGAACUGUCGCGGUCUGGCUUUGGACUGGCUUUCCAGGAACUUAUAUUGGCUUAGCUCUGAAAAUGACGAGUCACAAAUCAAUGUGGCUCGCUUUGAUGGGUCCCUGAAGACUUCCAUCAUCCACGGCAUUGAUAAGCCAAGGUGCCUUGUAGUACACCCCGCCAAGGGGAAAAUCUAUUGGACAGAUGGCAACACCAUUAACAUGGCCAACAUGGAUGGAAGUAACAGCAAGGUCCUCCACCAGAACCAGAGGGACCCUCUGGGUCUCUCAGUAGACUAUACAGCCAACAAGCUUUACUGGAUUAGUUCAGCCAAUAACACCAUCAACAGGUGCAAUCUGGAUGGAACAGGACUGGAGGUACUGGAAAAUCUGAAGAAGGAGCUUACGAAAGGCACUGCUUUGGCCGUGAUAGGCGGUAAACUGUGGUGGGCAGAUGACGAAUCUGCACAGCUGGGAACUGUCAACAAGAGGGAUGGACGGAACUUUGUGAUUCUGAGAAACAAGACUGGCGGGGUGGUUCACAUGAAGGUGUACGAUCAGGAUGGUCAGAAAGGAAGAAACCUCUGCCACGUAAAUAACGGUGGAUGUUCGCAGCUCUGUUUUCCGACCUCUGAGAGCACCCGGAGCUGCUCUUGCACUGUUGGAUACAACCUGAGAAGUGAUCGCGUGUCGUGUGAGGGCGUCGACUCAUUUCUGAUGUAUUCCAUCCAUGAGGGUAUACGAGGACUUUCACUGGACCCAAAUGACAACACUGAAGCCCUCAUGCCCAUUGCAGGCACACUGUUUGCUGUGGGUGUGGACUUUCAUGCAGGAAAUGACACUGUUUACUGGACAGACAUGGGUCUGAACAGAAUUUCCAGGGCCAAGCGCGAUCAGACGUGGAGGGAGGACAUCAUCACUUCUGGCAUUAGCAGGGUCGAAGGCAUUGCUGUUGACUGGAUGGCUGGGAACCUUUACUGGACAGACCAUGGUUUUAAUCUUAUAGAAAUAUCUCGUCUGAAUGGUACUUACCGCUCGGUGGUCAUAUCUGAAGGACUUGAUCAGCCCAGAGGUGUUGCUGUGCAUCCACAAAAAGGGUAUCUCUUCUGGACUGAGUGGGGCCAGAUCCCAUGUAUCGGCCGCUCUCGUUUGGAUGGUUCAGACCAAGUCACCUUGGUCAACUCAGGCAUUAUGUGGCCCAAUGGGAUUUCUAUUGACUACGAGGAAAACACGUUAUACUGGUGUGACACCCGCACGGAUAAGAUUGAGAGGAUCAACCUUGAGACAGGUGAGAGCCGAGAGAUAGUAUUGUCUUCGGCCAAUGUGGACCUGUUCUCGGUGGCUGUGUUUGGGCCUUACAUCUACUGGUCUGACAGGGCUUUCUCCAACGGUUCAAUCAGACGUGGGUUGAAGACUGACAGCAGCGAGGCCGUGACAAUGAGAAGUGGCCUGGGGGUCAAUUUGAAGGGUGUGACAGUCUUCAAUAGAGGCAGAGAGAAAGGUUCAAACCCUUGCGCCAGGAGCAAUGGUGGCUGCCACCAGCUUUGCUUUCAUUUAGGAAGCGGCCGUCGGACCUGCUCCUGCGCCCAUGGCCGCUUAUCAGAGAAUGGCUUUUCCUGUGAACGCUAUGAAGGGUAUCUGCUCUACUCUGAGAGGACAACACUGAAAAGCAUCCACCAUUCAGAUGAGAGUGACCUCAACUCACCUGUCCAGCCCUUUGAAAACCCGGCUUUUUUCAAGAACGUCAUAGCCCUGGCCUUUGACUACAGUCAGAAUGCAGCGGGGACCAACCGCAUUUUUUUCAGUGAUGUUCACUUUGGAAAUAUCCAAAUGGUCGAUGACGACUGGAAAGGACGAUCCAUUAUUGCAGAAAACGUGGGUUCGGUAGAGGGCCUGGCGUACCACCGAGCCUGGGAUACAUUGUACUGGACCAGCUCCACGACCUCCACCAUCACCAGACAGACCAUUGUACAGAGAGGAGCUGGUGUCCUUAGCCGGGAGGCGGUAGUUACUCUUUCUGAGGAAGACCACCCUCAUGCCUUGGCUCUGGAUGAGUGUCAAAGCCUGAUGUUUUGGACCAACUGGAAUGAACAGAGGCCCAGCAUUAUGAGAUCUACCUUGGCAGGCAAGAACAUGAGGAUUAUCGUCAGCACUGACAUCCUGACACCCAACGGACUGACAAUUGAUCACAGAGCGGAGAAGCUUUACUUUUCAGACAGAAGCCUUGGCAAGAUUGAGAGAUGUGAUUUUGAUGGAUCCGGCAGAUAUGUCAUUGUGAAGUCAGGCCAAGGGAAUUUCUAUGGACUGGCCAUCUAUGCAGAUUUCAUCUUCUGGUCGGACUGGGCCCGCAGAUCAGUACUGCGGGCUAACAAAUACACGGGUGGUGACAUGAAGGUACUCCGAGCAGACAUACCCCACCAGCCCAUGGGAAUUAUUGCCGUUGCCAAUGAUACAAACAACUGUGAGCUGUCACCGUGUCGACAUAUGAACGGAGGCUGUGGUGAUCUCUGUAUUCUGACCGCCCAAGGGAGGGUCAAUUGCACUUGCCGUGGAGAACGCCUCCUCUUAGAUGACAACAGAUGUGUGUCGAAAAAAUCAUCCUGCAACAUCCACAGCGAGUUUGAGUGUGGAAAUGGAGAGUGCAUUCGCUACGAGCUUACCUGUGAUGCAAUCGCACAUUGCAAGGAUAAAUCAGAUGAAAAGAUGCAAUACUGUGACAACAGGAACUGCCGCAAGGGUUUCAGGCCCUGCUACAACCAACGAUGUGUGGCUCACAGUCAUUUCUGUGACGGGAUUGAUGACUGUGGGGAUAACUCUGACGAAGCUUUCUGUGGCAAUGUCACAUGUGGCUCAUCGGAAUUACCGUGCAAGGAUGGGAGCUGCGUACCCAGCUCAGCCUGGUGUAACCAGGUCAUUGACUGUGCUGAUGCUUCGGAUGAAAAAAACUGCAAUCACAGUGACUGCUCUCACUUUUACAAGUUGGGGGUGAAAGAGAAAGAUUUCAUCAGGUGCAACUCCACUUCACUGUGCAUCCACACCUCGUGGAUCUGCGACGGCGCCAACGAUUGUGGAGAUUAUGCAGAUGAAGCCAACUGUCAGGUUUCCCACGGGCAGAAGUGUGAGGAGGGCCACUUUUCAUGUCCAAGCGGUAACUGCAUCUCAAGUGUGUGGCUUUGCGAUGGCCAGAAAGACUGCGAGGACGGAGCAGAUGAAUUCCAGUGCGACUCGUCGUGCUUGUGGAACCAGUUUGCCUGCUCCAAGAAUAAAUGCAUCGCGAAACAGUGGCUCUGUGAUGGAGAGAACGACUGUGACGACGGCCUUGAUGAGAGCGUGGAGAUCUGUGGCUCGGUGACAUGUGCGCCAGGGUUAUUCAGCUGCCCAGGGUCAUAUGCUUGUGUUCCAAAACGCUGGCUCUGCGAUGGUGAGAGAGACUGCCCUGAUGGAAGUGAUGAACUUUCUGCAGCCGGCUGUGCACCCAACAACACGUGUGAUGACAACUCUUUUCACUGCCACAACAAAGCCUGCAUCCCCCAGCGAUUUGUCUGUGACCAUGAUGACGACUGCGGCGAUGGAUCAGAUGAGUCCGUGGAAUGCGUCUACCGCUCAUGUGGAUCAGGAGAAUUUCGCUGCGGGGAUGGCCGCUGCCUUCUCAGUGCACAGUGGGAGUGUGAUGGCUACGCGGACUGUCCCGACCAUUCCGAUGAACUGCCUCUGAACCUCAAAUGUCUGGCCGCAGGAAGUUUGUGCAACGGCUCCUUCUUCAUGUGCUCCAAUGGACGCUGUAUAUCGGAGAGGAAUCUCUGCAAUGGGAAAGAUGAUUGUGGUGACCAGUCGGAUGAGAGGAACUGCAAUGUGAACGAGUGCUUGAAUCGGCGUGUAAGCAGGUGCACCCAGGAAUGCCAGGAUUUUCCUGUGGGAUACAAGUGUAAAUGUUGGCCCGGUUUCCACUUGAAGGAUGAUGGGAGGACGUGUGUUGACGUUGACGAAUGCUCCACUACCCUCCCCUGUAGCCAGCGCUGCAUCAACACCUAUGGCUCCUACAAAUGCCUGUGUGUGGACGGCUACGACGCCUUAGAACGCAACCCUCAUGUUUGCAAGGCUGCAUCAGCUGAAGAGCCUUUUCUUAUCAUGGCCGACCACCACGAGAUUCGUAAGCUGAGUGUCGACGGUUCCAAUUAUACAAUCCUGAAACAGGGCCUAAACAACAUUAUACACAUCGACUUCGACUACAAGAAGGAGUUCAUCUAUUGGGUGGACUCCACCCGGCCGAGUGGGAGGAAGAUCAACAGAAUGCGACUCAAUGGAAGUGAUCUGAAGAUUGUCCACAGAACAGCGGUCCCCAGUGCCUUAGCGGUGGACUGGAUAGGAAAGAAUCUUUAUUGGUGUGAUGCCGAAAAGAAAACACUGGAGGUUUCCAAAGCAAAUGGACUCUAUCCUACUGUGCUGAUCAGUUCAGGCCUCAAGAACCCCUCAGAUCUAGUCCUGGACCCACAAACUGGGUAUGUAUUCUGGGUAGACUGCUGUGAACCCCCUCACAUUGGACGCAUUGGCAUGGAUGGUCGUGGGCAGAAGGUUAUCAUUGACAAUGAGAUCUAUAGUCCCACUGCUCUGACUAUUGAUUAUACCAACAAGCGGCUCUACUGGGCAGAUGACAACCAUAUCCUUUUCGCAAAUAUGGAUGGCUCCCAGAGACACAAAGUGUCCUAUGAUCACAUCCAAGGGGUCAUGGCACUGACCUUGUUUGAGGACUUUAUCUAUUGGACUGAUGGGAAAUCCAAAUCGCUGCGGCGAGUUCACAAGACCACCGGUGCUCAAGUAAUGGAGCUUCUCAACUCUUGGCAAGCCAUCAAAUCCAUCAAGGUCUACCACUCGCUACGGCAGCCUGAAGUGCCCAAACACCAGUGUCAGGUGGCCAACGGAGGAUGCAGCCACAUGUGUCUGCUAUCCCCUGGUGGGGACCACAGAUGUGCCUGCCCCAGUAAUUUCUACCUGGCUGCUGACAACAAGACCUGUCUUUCCAACUGCACCUCCAGUCAGUUUCGCUGUGGGACAGAUGAGUGCAUCCCUUUCUGGUGGAAAUGUGACACGGUUGAUGACUGUGGGGAUGGAUCAGAUGAACCUCCAGACUGCCCGGAAUUCAAAUGUCAACCUGGACGUUUUCAGUGUGGCACUGGUCUCUGCGCGCUUCCUCCUUUCAUCUGUGAUGGCGAGAACGACUGUGGCGACAACUCGGAUGAAGCUAACUGCGAGACAUACAUCUGCCUCUCAGGCCAGUUCAAAUGCACUGGGAAAAAGAAAUGCAUUCCCCUCAACCUGCGCUGCAAUGGUCAAGAUGACUGCGGUGAUGGAGAAGAUGAGACCGAUUGCCCUGAGAGCACAUGCUCCCCCGACCAGUUCCAGUGCAAGGCCUCCAUGCACUGCAUCUCCAAACUCUGGGUUUGUGAUGAGGACCCCGACUGCGCUGAUGGGUCAGACGAGGCUAAUUGUGAUGAAAAGACCUGCGGACCUCAUGAAUUCCGCUGUGAGAAUAACAACUGCAUACCAGACCACUGGAGGUGUGACAGCCAGAAUGACUGUGGAGACAACUCUGACGAGCAGAGCUGCACACCAGUCACUUGCAACCACAAAGACUUUGCCUGUGCAAAUGGAGACUGCAUUUCUUCUCGAUUCCGCUGUGAUGGGGACUAUGACUGUUUGGAUAAUUCGGAUGAGAAAGGCUGUGAGGCACAUUGUGCUGACGACCAAUUUCGUUGUCACAACAACCUGUGCAUCUCAAAAAAGUGGUUGUGCGACGGCCAAGAAGACUGUAAGAUGGGAGAGGAUGAGAUCAGCUGCCAGGGAACAGUGGUCCCUUCAUGUUCUGUGAAUGAGUAUGUGUGUGCUAGUGGAGGGUGCGUAUCUGCCACCCUGCGAUGUGACGGACAUGACAACUGCCUGGAUGGCUCAGAUGAGACUGGCUGUGUGAAAGAGUGCAGAGAAGAUGAGUUUCUUUGUCAGAAUCGUGCACACUGCAUUCCUCAACGCUGGCGUUGCGAUGGCAUUAUGGACUGUAUGGACCACAGUGAUGAGGAAAACUGCAGCCAAGGGGCAUUCUUCUGUCGGGCUGAUGAAUUCAUUUGCAAUAACACCUUGUGCAAACUGCACACAUGGGUGUGUGAUGGCAGGGACGACUGCGGAGACAAUUCGGAUGAAGACACAGACAUGUGUGAAAAACUUGCUUGUCCUCCAACGAGGCCAUUCCGCUGCAGAAAUAAUCAUGUUUGCCUGCGCGCCGACCAAGUCUGCAACAAAGUGGAUGAUUGUGGUGACAGCUCUGAUGAAGAAGAGUGUGAAGUGGCGGCUGGAAGACCUCGACCUUGUGGGAAGACCGAGUUCAGCUGCAGUAACAGACGAUGUAUAUCCAUCCAGCUACAAUGUGACCUAUUCAACGACUGCGGAGACGGUGGCUCGGAAGAGCAAGAUUGCAAAGCUUUUUCCAGCGGAGAUGUAUGUAGUAAGAAAACAAAUCCAUGUGGAGAGGAUGCCAUAUGCAACCAGACAAAUACCAAUGCAGUAUGCCAAUGCAAACCAGGCUUCAAGAGGAACCAGAAGUCAGGCCAAUGUGACGAGAUGAACGAGUGUCUACAGUUUGAUACUUGUCCUCAUCUCUGUACCAACACUAAAGGAUCUUUUAAGUGCUCAUGUGACAGAAAUUACAGGGAGAUCGAUGGUAACUGUGUAGCAAAAGGACCAGAAGAUCGAGUGCUCUACAUUGCUAAUGACACUGAAAUCAGAAGUUUUGUGUACCCAUUUAACCAGAGUCAUGGACACAAAGUACUCACAGAAAUUGAGGACAAUGCACGCAUUAUUGGAAUGGAUGCUUUGUUUCAACACCAAAAGUUUAUCUGGGCUACCCAAUUCAACCCUGGUGGAAUAUUCUAUAAAGAAAGUCUGGAACGAAGUCAAACUAAAACAAAUGUCAGAAAUAUUUGUUCAGACUUUCGACGACCCAGAGACAUUUCUGCUGACUGGAUCACCGGAAAUAUCUACUGGACGGAUCAUUCACGGAUGCACUGGUUCAGCUAUUACACAGCACUGACAAAAUUACGGUACUCCAUAAAUGUUGGACAACUCAAGGGACCAAAUUGCACCCGCUUGAUUACCGACAUCGCAGGAGAGCCUUAUGCCAUUGCUGUCAGCCCAGUCCGUGGGAUGAUGUACUGGAGUGUAGUGGGUGAUCACUCUCAUAUUGAGGAAUCGGCCAUGGAUGGUUCCCUACGCAGAGUUAUUUUGGAGAAGAACCUUCGAAGACCAACUGGGCUCGCAAUUGAUUAUUUUAAUCAACGUUUGUACUGGGCUGAUCCUGAGCUCUCGCAGAUUGGCAGCAUGAGACUGGAUGGUUCCGACCCGCUUAUGACGAUCAGUGAGAGACAUGGAAUAUUCCAACCAUACAGAAUUGAUAUAUUUGAAGACUACAUCUAUGGAACUGGAUUAAAACACGAGGUCUUCAAGAUUCACAAGUUUGGCAAACAGUCUGUGGAGUUCCUCAACUUGGGUGUGGAGAAGCCCACCAAUGUUUUGAUCUCCCACAAAUUUAAACAUCAAGAUGCAUCAAAUCCAUGCCUGAGGAUGUCUUGUGAUUUCAUGUGUUUGCUCAACCCAUCGGGUGCCAGAUGUACUUGUCCAGAGGGCAAAGUACUGAUCAACGGCAGCUGCAGUGACGUCAACGUGUCAGGUGAACUGUGCCGUCCCCCCUGCGAGAACGGAGGGCGUUGCCUAGCCAACGAGAAGGGAGACUGGAGGUGCUACUGCUGGCCUGAUUUUUCGGGGGAGCGCUGUGAGGUCAACCACUGCACCGACUACUGCCUAAAUGGAGGCACCUGCAUGGGCUCACCCCUGGGUAAGCCUACAUGCUACUGUCCUCUUGGCUUCUCGGGUCCAUUCUGCGAGAGAAGGAUAUGUGACAAUUACUGUUUGAACGGUGGAACAUGUGACGUCACUCAUGGCAACCAGCCAGUCUGCCGCUGUUUGGCGGAAUAUACCGGAGAUCGCUGUCUGCACCACAUUUGCCACCACUACUGCGUGAACUCCAAGGCGUGCACAUUGUCCAGCACUGGCUACGUGGAGUGCGUGUGUCCCGCCAGGUUUGAGGGAAACAAAUGUGAGGUGGACAAGUGUCUUCGAUGCCAUGGCGCCCCCUGCCUCAUUAAUGACGAGACCGCAGAUGUGGUUUGCAAUUGCACAAAUGGGCGAAUUGCACCAAGCUGUCAGCUGUGUGACGGCUAUUGCUACAAUGGAGGCACCUGUCACCUGGACCCCGACACCAACCUGCCUUUCUGUCACUGUACAUCAGGUUUCAAGAACCAACGUUGUGAUGAGCUGGCCAACCCCUGCGAUUACUUCUGUCAGAAUGAGGGGAUGUGCACAUUAACAGCUCAUAACAAACCACGCUGCAAGUGUUCCACAAACUGGGCUGGAACGCAGUGUGAGAGACCUGCGCCCAAAAGCAGCAGAUCAGAUAAUACGAGUGGAGGGAGUAUAGCUAUUAUUGUGCCUCUGGUCCUGCUGGUCAUCUUGAUUGUGAUGGUGGUAGCGGGAAUUUAUAUCUUCAGACGGAAGCAAAGGGGGAAACGUGUCCAAAGGCAGCCAAUGACCAAUGGGGGAUUAAAUGUGGAGAUUGGGAACCCGUCGUACAACAUGUAUGAAGUUGACCACGACAACCAUGCAGACGCAGGCAGCCUGUUGCGACCCAGCUUCACACUGGACCCUCAAAAGGGCUGGUGUGUAAAAUCCAGUGACCCUCGCGCCUUGGGUAUCAAUUCGGUGCCCAAGGAGGUAAUCCCUGGACAGCCCAUGAACUACGAAAACCCAGUGUAUACAAAGAUGUACAUGGACGGACAAAACGGUCGGAAGCCGGUCAUCAACAUCGACGAGAGAAGAGAGCUACUCCCAAAGAAACGAGAGGGGAUUAUACAUGAAACCGCCGCGUAGCCUAACUUGACUCUUUGUACUUCUUUUUUGUAACCACAGUAUACAAUGGAUUAUAUAUGGACAUGGAAACAAUACUUUUUCUAUGAGGCUUUUAGGUGACAUAGUGACUGACCGCGUCAGCAUUAUGUGCUCGGUGUGCUUUGGAGCUCUAUUUUCAAACGUAGGUUAUGCAGCCCUAUACUGAAUGACACUCUGAAGCGCUAAAAAAAAAAAAAAAAAAAUGUAUUCACACCACGCCAUACUUAUGCACAGUUAAAAAGUACAACGCUAAAAACAUGUUCCAUCUCUUUAUCGGGGAAGCAGGAACGCAGAUGUUUUUGUGGCGGUAACGAAGGCUUGGCUCAGUUUUUAUGACCACUUUUAAGCAAUGUUGAGUUUAGGAAGAUUUGUCAUUUUUGGGUUUUUUUUUUUCCAAGUGGUGGAUCCACCGGUAAACCUUAAGGAUUAGUAUUAGGGGUGUCCCACUCCGAUAGUGAUAUUAGCUAUCGGUACGAUAUCAGCAAAAAAAAAACAAGUAUCGGAUUAUAUUGGCUUGCAUCUAAAACGUGUUUACUUGUGCAAAGCUGGACAGCCAGUUAAUAUCUGAAUGUCUUGCGAUAAGCGCACAGGUUUUUCCUUUUAUACCGAAGUCAUUUACAAAAACAUAAACUUUUUUCACCAAGUAUCACCUCAGAAAAAACUCAUAACACCAUAAUAACGAAUAUUAAAACACAGUACCGUAGUAGGCCUAAGUAUUCAUUAAAAACAAGGCAGAUGUUUUAUUUAACGACUAGAUUUACUGUAAAUUCCACUACUAUUUUUUUGCCUACGCUUUAAACCGUGCGACUUAUAACACUGUGCGACUAAUUUAUGGCUUUUUCUUCCCAUAAUGCAACAAAUUGUAAACUAAAACACACAAGCAAAGACACUGCAAAGGUGUGUUAUUGUUUAUGCAACGGCGCCAUCUUUUGGAUGAUUUUCUUCACUGCAAACGUCUUCAGUAUUUCCUCCUGUUUAGUGCUUUCGACCAAAAGUGCCGUUUUGUCGUCCAUAGCGUUUCUUCAUUCAUCACUCCAAGCAACAUUUGUAAGUUUUACAAUAUAAGUAAAAUUAUUCAUAGUUUCUAAACCGUCCCAUGUGUGAUGUCUGUAGGUUUGUUUUCAUGCAUAUUUGUACGUGCUAUCGUAAUGUAAUUAAGCUGCCGUCGUUAGCAAUAGCGAAUGUGCUAACACGUUUACGAGUGUCUUUGUUAGUAUUAUUAACUUACAACGGCAUUCUUUUUGUAUUGUUUCAGUUUUUUAAAUUCACCAAAACUUCACCGUGGAAUUAUUGAGUCUGUUUAGCUGAUUGGAGAGUUAGCUUCCGCAGCUAGUGGGUCCAUGACCAUGACUUUUGUUUUUUUUGGUAAGCCGUUUUACUGCCGUGUUACAGGCACUGUUUGGAAACAAUUAACGUAUGUAAAUAAACAUUCACAGAAUAUUUCACAACAUAUAUAUCUGCAGCUAAAAAAAAAAUCUUAAAUACAAUUCUGGGUGCGACUCUACAGUCCGGCCACUGUAACAUAACACACAGUUUGAACAGUAACACUGUGUUUGCAUAUUGGUAAAUAAAAUAUUGCUUUAAUCAAGUGAUUAUUUGGCUCACCAUUAGGGGUACACCUACUGUCAGGUUCAAACACUGAUGACAUCUAUUAAACAAGACAAGAAGCAAGGAAUUAAACAGAGACAGAAAUAAAUUUGGCUCAGUGAGGAGAAACGUCUGGACUGUGCUCUUAUACAGUCUCACCACGCUCUUGACGAAAGAUUGUACGCCUCCUCUUUUAUUUGGACUUUCCCUGAUUACAUGGCAACAGCUGUUUCUAAGGGACGGGGGUCGUAAACAGCCAUCGCCUUUGAUUAAAACAGUUAAAAGAAAAGGUCGGUUCAAAGUAAAGGUCAUAAAGCAGUUCAAAGAAAAGGUCUCCUUGAGAGGAGUCUGGUCCUGCUUCCUCUCUGCUUUGUAGUUCUCGGGUCAAGACAAUAUCUUUCUGUUGAUUACAAUACAUCAAAGAGACAGAACACCUUCAUGUUGCUUCCCAUCCUACACAGUGGAGUUUUACAAGCUUUUUGAUUGGUAGGAUCAAAGACAGCUUUUGUCCUCUCGCCGGGAACUCCUGGUAACACAAAGUUGUGUGAUAACUUAGAUACAUUUAUUCUGACACCUACCACAGUUUGAGCACCACUAAUGUAGGCUAUAGGCCACUAGGAACUAACAGCUACACGACUGGUUAGCACACAAGCUGGACAUACGUAAAAAAGUGUCCUUAAUUGGACUAUUACAGUCUAAAACACCACAUCUGCCAGUAUCAACAAAAUGAAACAAUUCUACUUUACUACACAUACAAAUUCUCCAAGGCAGAAGCUUGUUAAAAGUAUCCAGUAGCAUACGUGUCCGCAUCAUUCAACUUAUUGCGUCAUGAUUUAGUUUAAUUAUUGGGACCACUAGGUGUCGCCACUUCAAAAUCAUAAAUUAGUCUUGUGGUUAGUGUUUUCAGACCUAUUCUAAUAUUCCACUCCACAAAAUAAUGAAAGCGUGUACGAUGAUUUCUGCUGAUAUCGUAUUGGGUUAAUAUCGGUAUCGGUCAAGGAUGUAUAGGUAUCGUAUCAGAAGUGAAAAAGUUGUAUCAGGACAUCCCUAAUUAGUAUCAGUAGAUCUGCUGCUUGGCUUGGUAGCAAUAUGAUAUGUUCUCAGAAAAUAUGUCGUUCCACAGGUUUUGUUGUCUUUGUCAUUUCCAUCGACUUUGGCACGUUGUUGUUGUCACGACAACCGUGCGCCGCUCACAAAUGAGGUUUCUGGUGGACUAAAGGGACGGAAGCCCACCUUGAAUGUUCACCGAUCAGAUCCUGUACUGUACACUGAGAGGACAACUGGUAAAUACCAUAUUUUUCUAAAUUUCAUCUAUCGACGGAAAGGGUGAAAAAACAAGUAGAAAAAGGAGUUUUACCAGAACUGCAAACAUGUCAGCAAGACUUAUCCUAGAUCACAUCUGUUUUUCUGUUAAAAAAAGGAUGAUAAAUAUGAGGACUUUUUAUAAUUUUAUAUUUGAUUUGUAUGUGGGUUGACUUCUAUGUAUUUUGACAAAAUGUAUUAAAUGUAAGUAAUUUUUUUAUAUAAAAUGUAAAUCAAUAUUAAAUAAAGGGGGUUUAU